CUGCAGCAGCAACGAGUCAAGAGAGGGUUAGGGCUUUUUUUCCUCCAAAAACGGAGAGAGAAACACAAGAACCACCAAAAGCAACUUCACACACACACACACAGAGUAACCUUCUGCACUGUUUGCGUCUCUUCACUCUCUCCGCCAAAUCUCGAAGAUUCAAAGAAGAUCGUGAGAGAGAGAGAUAGUUGAGAAAUGGCGCUGGCUUUCGACGAGUUCGGGAGGCCGUUCAUUAUACUGAAGGAGCAAGAACAGAAGAGCAGACUGAGAGGACUCGAUGCACAGAAGGCCAACAUCUCCGCCGGCAAAGCCGUCGCCCGCAUCCUUCGCACCUCCCUUGGCCCUAAAGGCAUGGACAAGAUGCUCCAGAGCCCCGACGGCGACGUCAUCAUCACGAAUGAUGGAGCAACAAUCUUGGAGCAGAUGGACGUUGACAACCAGAUUGCUAAACUGAUGGUUGAGCUGUCCCGGAGUCAGGAUUAUGAAAUUGGGGAUGGAACUACUGGAGUUGUUGUUAUGGCUGGAGCUCUUCUGGAGCAAGCUGAGCGGCUCUUGGAACGUGGAAUUCAUCCAAUUAGGGUUGCCGAGGGCUAUGAAAUGGCAUCCAGGAUUGCUGUUGAUCACCUGGAGAAUAUUGCUAAAAAGUUUGAAUUUGGGCCUACGGAUUUGGAGCCUUUGAUUCAAACUUGUAUGACUACUUUGUCCUCUAAAAUUGUGAAUCGGUGCAAGCGCAGCUUGGCUGAGAUUGCUGUCAAAGCAGUUCUUGCUGUUGCUGAUCUAGAAAGGAAAGAUGUUAACUUAGAUCUAAUUAAAGUAGAAGGGAAAGUUGGUGGUAAAUUGGAGGAUACUGAGUUAAUAUAUGGAAUUGUUGUUGACAAGGAUAUGAGCCAUCCACAAAUGCCAAAGCGAAUUGAAGAUGCUAAAAUUGCAAUCUUGACUUGCCCCUUUGAGCCUCCAAAGCCAAAGACUAAGCAUAAGGUGGACAUUGAUACCGUUGAGAAGUUCCAGACAUUAAGGAAACAAGAGCAACAGUAUUUUGAUGACAUGGUUCAAAAAUGCAAGGAUGUUGGUGCAACCCUGGUUAUCUGCCAGUGGGGCUUUGACGAUGAAGCAAAUCAUCUCUUAAUGCACAGGAACUUGCCUGCUGUCAGAUGGGUUGGUGGUGUAGAGUUGGAAUUGAUCGCAAUUGCAACAGGUGGAAGAAUUGUGCCUAGGUUCCAAGAGUUGAGUCCUGAAAAGCUGGGAAAGGCUGGUUUGGUUCGAGAAAAAUCCUUUGGUACAACAAAAGACCGGAUGCUGUACAUUGAGCAUUGUGCAAACUCGAGGGCUGUGACAAUAUUCACUCGUGGAGGUAACAAAAUGAUCAUAGAGGAGACAAAGCGCAGUCUUCAUGAUGCCUUGUGUGUGGCUAGGAAUCUCAUCCGCAACAAUUCUAUAGUAUAUGGUGGUGGUUCUGCUGAAAUUUCCUGCUCUAUUGCUGUGGAAGCUGCUGCUGAUAGAUACCCUGGAGUAGAGCAGUAUGCUAUCAGAGCAUUUGGAGAUGCGUUGGAGGCCAUUCCGAUGGCCCUUGCUGAAAAUAGCGGCCUUCAACCUAUUGAAACGUUAUCUGCUGUGAAGUCCCAGCAAAUAAAGGACAAUAAUCCUAACUUUGGCAUCGACUGCAAUGAUGUUGGCACCAAUGACAUGCGUGAGCAAAACGUAUUUGAAACUUUGAUUGGAAAGCAGCAACAGAUCUUGCUUGCUACUCAAGUUGUCAAGAUGAUUUUGAAAAUUGAUGAUGUUAUUUCCCCAUCAGAGUUCUGAAACUAAAGUUUUCAACUGAUGUUUUCCACAUCAAGAUCAUGGAUUGCUGAUAGUUUUGUUUU